AUGGCGAACGUUUUCAUUGAGGCUUUGAGAGUGAAGACUUUCUUUUGGCCACUGGAAAUGCUGCAGCUUGCCAUAGACAAGUCAUUUUGGCAGCCUCUUGUCUGGAACGGGCUACUUGCCCUGCAGAACGGUGAAGAACCUCUUCUAGAUAACUUCAUAGUUGUUUCUGAAAUGCCCCCAAAUGAAAGAAUAUUUCAAAUCAGUCUUGACAAUAUAAAUGCAAGCGCUUUGGAUUUGAAUUCUACCUUUGUUCCUCGUAUGGCAUACGAUGCAGUAGAGAAAAGGAUAAUAUGGACAGAUGAAGAGGGUCUUUGGUACAAGCAAAUAUCACCUGUACGAUCAAAAGUGCAGAUUGGUUACAAUACAGAUGAUAGAGCUAUAAGUCAUUUUGACAUGGAUUAUAGUACGGGCAACAUUUACUUAAUCUACGUUCAUUUCAAAGAGCCGGAAAGUAUUGGACUUAUAUCCCCAGAUGGGCUCAAUAGAACAUUGACACAUUUCACGGAUUACGUUGUGGAUAUUGCUUUAGAUCCUCCUUCGGGGUUCAUUUUUUGGAUUGAAGGCUAUAAACAUAUAAAACGUAUGAACAUGGAUGGCACGACUCAAAUCACAUUAGUAAGCAUGGAUCUGGGGUCUCCGUUUGGACUAACCAUAGAUAAAAGGAACAAAACAAUAUAUGUAAGGAGUUCCACGGGAAACAUUCACCGGUGUGGAUAUGAGCCCAAUACGUGUGCUAUGUUCUACAAUGCUGAAUAUGUAGGAGAUCUGAUAGUUGUUGGCGAUUAUCUUUAUUAUUCAGGAAAGGGUGGUCAAUUGUAUUGCGCAAUUUACAUAUCAGGUCCGACGACCAAGUGCAGUAGUAACAAUGGGCGGGGACAAUGCAGCACAUUCUGUCACCCAACACCAAAUGGUUAUACUUGCGGGUGUCAAGAUGGGGAUCAGUUGAUGACAGACAACAAAACCUGCAAACUUGGCCCUAGACCUACGGAUGAUACUACUGCAGAAUCGGGUGAAUACACAAUUAAUGCAGCCUCAUCCACGUCAAAAGCAUAUCCUGCUUUCAAAAGAGAGGUCACAGACACUGGUUCAUCAUCGAAGUUGCUUUACAUAGGGGUCAGUGUGGGCUCCGUUAUUGUGAUUCUUGUGGCAGCUAUUACUAUUGUCAUAAUUCGCAAGAGGAGCAGAGCUAACGUGCAGCUACAUUUUGGAGCGCGAUAUUUUCGGAGGAAGCCAACCGAUGACCCUUCAGACGUUAUCAAUACAAGAACACAAAACAUCGUAGACUCAAACAUCAACCCAGCCAUGUUAGAUGCCAUUCCUGAUCUGAAUCGCGAUAUGGAUGUCACUUCGGUGCUUGUUAACCCUUACCUUGAGCUGGAAGACGGGAAUACGUAUGACUGCAUAUCUGAGGGCGGUCUGCAACUCAAUAGGGCACUUCCGCCUCUUCCAGACGACACUGGAGGACCACUCAGGGGUAGUGUAGAUGGUGGGUAUAUAACAGCGGUGAACACAUAAAUUUCCAGCAGUGCAUCAAU